UGGGACGUCGUCCUGUUCGAGAAACGUCACGAUGUGGGCGGCAUAUGGUGGGAAAAACCUGGACCUGAGAAGGCUUCCUCAGGCUGUCUACCGGAGACUCCGCUUUACCCUGGGGUUUAUACGAGUACGCCACAUCCUUAUAAUACCCUUCCUGGCAUCCCCUUCCCGGCCAAGCUCGACUUGUAUCCGCCGGCGGAGGAGAUGUACAAGUACCACAAAAACCUCUUCGAGAACGAGCUCAAAGAUGACUUUGAACAAAAAGUCAAGUGGCAGCAUGAGGUCACCAAGGCUCGCUGGGUCGGUACCGCUGAGAGUGGUCAAUGGGAACUGACUAUCCAAAAGCCGAAAAGCGGCGAAUCGGCGCAACGGUUUAAUCAGAAAUUUGAUCAUCUCAUUGUCGCCGUCGGUCAAGCUGCGUACCCUCGAAAAGCUAAAUUCAGGGGAGAGGACGAGUGGCUUUCCAAAAACGAUGAAAAGUUGAAGCUUCCGAGGGAGAUACGACAUUCGAUCUACUACAUGGGCCCAGAACCUUACGCUGGUCGCACCGUUCUUAUCGCCGGGUCUGGUGGUGGUGGUGAGGAUAUUGCACGGGACGUUAACAAAAGCGCUAAAAAGGUAUACAUUGCACGAUCGUCAACGAACCAGUGCCCGCUUAAUGGUGAUCCUAUCUCAGUGGGUCGAUUAUCAUACUUCAAGGAGGAUGCCAUCUGCUUCGUGGACAGUGAGGGGGCAACCAAAUGUGAGGAAGACAUCGAUAGCGUCAUUCUCGCAACUGGAUACGAAACGAAAAUCCCCUUCCUCACAAAAGGAGGUGCACUUGCCGAGCAUUCAGAUAGAAGGUCAUGCAACACCGAAUAUAUCGAUGAUCAGAAGCUCUCGACCAACGGUAACGGAAUACACCCUCUUUACAAACAUACUAUGAGUUUAAGCUCCGACUUUCCUCCUGACUCCCUUUUCAUCCUUGGGCUACCAAGAGAUUUCCCACCUGCACUCUUAGCCGUUGCCCAAUCAAUCUUCGCCACUCGAGUGAUCAAGGACGGAUCUUUCGUGAACAGAGACGCGCUCUUCCGGGAAUUGGCGUGUGAAGAGACACGUCAAUGUAGUCAGUGCCCCCGUGAUCCAAGGAAGCGGUGCAAGUAUGAUCCAUUCCAGCGGGGACAUCGACUCGUCGAGGUUGCGGAGCGAGACGAAUCGAACAUCCUCAUGAACGGUCUGGUAGAUUUCCUCAAGCAGAAAUGUGCGACCGAGUUGCCAUCAUUGCCCGGGACCGGAGAUCGGUUCGUCGAUGAUCGGAGGCUUAGAGUGAAUCGUAGGAGUGUGAUUCCAAGGAUCAAAUGCUACUGGGACAACCUUGAGGAAGAAGAGAGGAAGAAGCUUCUUGAGCGAAGGGCGAACGAGGCUGAUUGGUUUGAACUAGUUAAUGGUUUGAUAACCCUUUCCGAUCCGACGAUUCAGUGCAAAAAAGCAACGGGGGGCAUCCAGGAUGUUUAG